GUCGGUUCGCCGUUGUCUCCAGAACGGACGAAGAUGUUACUGGCAUUGAGGAUCAACGUCCUCGCUAAGGGGAACAGCGGUAUCUCCAUGGAGACGCUGCAACAGUACAUAGCAGCAUUCAAUGCUUCCUGCCUGUCCUGGGUGCCAGAAAAGGGAACAGUCGGGGCCAGUGGCGACCUUGCCCCCUUGGCCCAUCUGGCGCUAGGCAUGAUGGGAGAAGGCAAGAUGUGGAGUCCAGAGACUGGCUGGACAGACGCCAGCUCGGUUUUGAAAUCGAAAAAUCUCGACAUUGUUAAACUGAAACCAAAAGAGGGACUUUGUCUGAUCAAUGGAACCCAGAUGAUAACUUCACUUGGGGCUGAAGCCGUGGAGCGCGCUGGCCUGAUCGCUAGCCAGGCAAACAUCGUCGCGGCAUUCACCUUGGAGGUGCUCAAAGGAACAUCGAAAGCUUUUGACGAACGUAUCCACCGGGCUAGACCUCACAAUGGACAGAUGGAAGUCGCUAAACAAAUGCGAGACCUGCUGCCGCCAGUACAUCGUUCUGAAAUCAUAGAGAAGUACGGAGAGCGAGUACAAGAUGCCUACACUUUGCGAUGUAUUCCUCAGGUACAUGGCAUCGCCCACGACACCGUCAUCUGGGUGAGGGGGAUUCUUAACACGGAGAUCAACAGCGCCACGGACAACCCAUUGGUAUUUCCUGAUAAAAGUGAGGGCAAAAUCAUCUCUGGCGGGAAUUUUCACGGAGAGUAUCCAUCGAAGGCACUCGAUUACCUUGCCAUUGGUAUCCACGAGCUGGCCAACAUAAGUGAGAGACGUAUAGAAAGACUGGUACAUCCGGCGCUCAGCGACCUGCCAGCUUUCCUUGUGAAGGAAGGCGGACUAAACUCCGGUUUCAUGAUCGCCCACUGCACAGCAGCCGGCUUGGUGUCUGAAAACAAAGUGCUGUGUCACCCUGCAUCAGUCGACUCCCUGACUACGAGCGCGGGAUCUGAAGACCACGUGUCCAUGGGCGGUUUCGCAGCUAGGAAGGCGCUUCAGGUCGUGGAGCACGUGGAACAAGUGCUGGCUAUUGAGCUGCUCGGUGCGUGCCAGGCUCUGGACUUGCAUCGACCCCUCAAGACCACUGCGCCGCUGGAACGAGUCUUCCAACUCGUCAGAACGGUGGCUAAACCCUGGGAUGUCGAUCGUUACAUGGCACCAGAUAUCGAUGCCGUCACCAAACUUCUGCAAGAAGGAAAGAUCUGGAAUGCAGUGCAUAACUAAUGGACAACUACAGUGGAACCAGUAAAACAAUUCAAAUGCCAUGACCAUAUAUUGUAGCCGUAGUACUGAAAACACUUAUUUCAUGGCCACUUUUCCACACGACUUUUAGAUGUUUUUGUAGCUGAAUACUUCUCACUGGAUAUAACAUUUAUUGUGUUAUUGGCUAUUAAUACUAGUUUAUUAUUUCAUUAAUAUCCUAUAUUUAAUCAGAAAUAUUAUAUAAAGAUUAUUAUAAUACAACUUUCAUAUAAGCCUUUUUUCCAUUGGUUAAUUUUCGUGAUAAAUCGGACGAUAGAUGUACGCUGUCAUGGACAACCAGGAUUUAUUGCGAUGACAAAAUUCCGAGAACUCGUCCGAUCACAGGUACCCCAAAACAGAAACCCUUAAUACAAAUGCUAUAGUUAUUACAUAACGUUACUAUGAUAUAUCUAACGUUAUUGUUUGUUGAUACCCGUGUCGUCUGAUAUGCUGUCACUUAGCCUCAUGUGUGGUGUUUUCGUUAGUAUAUUAAUUCCGCGUCUUCCAUUAUAUUUAAACGUCGAUAUAAAUAAUUUUCAAAAAAUUACUAACUUCAGAUGAAAAUGAUGUUAUUGUUACUAUUUUGUUAUUAUUUCGUGCCAUUGUAACUUUUAACACUUCGUUAGCAGCAAUGAACUUGCACCCACCCACCCCAAGUAAGGUCCGGUCACUGAUCGAUCGCAGCAGUCACCACCAUGUGUCUUGUGGACUACUCUUCUAGUUUGUGUUCUCAAAAGGGUACAAGCUGGUUCAUCAGAAAUAAUUAUAUCACAAUCUGAAGUACCUUAUUUUUGUUUAGAACAUACUUUUUGGGACAAUAAAAUUGAUAAAGAAGACAAGAUGGAAAUUACUUGAUUUUUAACGCAAUUUUAAACAACAUUAACUGCUUUAAAAUAUCGCACAAUUUUGAAAAACUUUUGAAAAUAAUACUUACACUUUAGUAAAUGCAUAUUAUUUUAUGUAUUUAUAAAAACGCGAAUAGUUUAAUUAUUUCGAUAAAUACUGUCAAAAUGGGCCUACAAUAUUCACAAGACAUUAAUAAUUUUAUAAGACAAAAACAAAAUGGGAUUCAAACUGAAUAAUUUUAAAUAAAUUACCCCCCCCCCCCCAAAAAAAAAAAAAAAAAAAAAAAAAUAUUAGUUUAAUAUAUUUUGUUUUUAGUAUAUAGUCAGGUGUGUUUAUUACUAUUAAUCGUGUCAGAACACUGUUAUUCUCGAAUGACUAUUCAUAGAAAUGAUGUAUUUUAUGUUUAAUAUCAUGUAGAUUUGGUAUUUUUGAAUUAAUCUUUGAACAAUACUUUACCAAGAAUGUUAACUUUAAUGAAAUCUAUCUAAUCCGAUACAUGUACUGAUGCGCGCGCGCGCACAAAAACAUACACACACACACACACACAGAGAAAGAGAGGGACACACACACACGUACGUACAUACGCACCUGGGGGACACAGGGCUUUGUCAACGAACCAUCCGAAGCUAUUUUUAAAAUAAUAGAACAAUUUAAUAAAAUAAAAAACCUCAACAUUUUGUUGACGUUUUAAACUUUAAUAUUAAAUGUUAUUUAAUUAAGAAUAAUAUGGUACACAUUGCUUUAUAAUGGAAUAUAUACAUAUCGACAUACACACACACGCGCGCGCACGCAUGUGCACAAACACGCGCACUUACUGAAAAUAAUGUUAAAGAAUUGAUGUUGUAUAUAGUCAAAUAAUGGGUACUGUUCCCGAUUAUGGUUACUUCAUUUUGAAGAAACCUGCUAAAUUAUAAAAUCUAAUACAUAUUUUUAUUAUGAUUGUGAUCGACCAAAAUAACGAAAUAAAGUUUUCUUUCUUU